AUGAGUUUCUACCACCAGUUCGAUUACAUUUUCGCUAUAGCGAUCAUAUUCGCCUUUUUGGAUGCCUUCAACAUCGGUGCCAAUGACGUUUCCAACUCCUUCUCUUCCUCGGUCUCUUCGAGAUCUUUGAAGUACUGGCAAGCCAUGAUUCUUGCCGCCAUGAUGGAGUUCCUUGGUGCCCUUUUGGUCGGUAACAGAGUUUCUGACACCAUCAGAAAGAAGAUUAUUGAGACGGAUACUUUUGAAAAUGAGCCUACCGUGCUUAUGUUGGCCAUGGCCAUGGCUUUGGUGGGUUCUUCCAUCUGGCUUUCCAUUGCUACUUUGAUCGGUAUGCCUGUUUCCACCACCCACUCUAUUGUUGGUGGUGUCAUUGGUGUUGGAAUUGCCACCAAGGGUGCUGACAAUGUCAUUUGGGGCUGGAAAGGUUUUGCUCAGAUUGUUGCCUCGUGGUUUAUUGCCCCAGGUAUUUCUGGAUGCAUUGCUUCUAUUGUUUUCCUUAUUGCAAAGUUCACAGUUUUGGAAAUCAAGGACACUCAAAAAGCCGUCAGAAACGCCUUGGUAUUGGUGCCAAUCUUGGUUUACGUUACCUUUUCCGUCUUGACAAUGUUGAUUGUGUGGAAGGGUUCUCCAAAGUUGAAGUUGGACGAUUUGUCUACCGGUACUACCGUCGGUGCCAUUUUCGGUGUUGGCGCUGUUGCUUGUUUCCUCUAUAUGCUUUUUAUCUUCCCUGUGGUCAAGAGAAAAGUUUACUACCAGGACUGGAGAGUCAAGUGGUACGAUAUUUUCAAGGGCCCUACCUUCUACUUCAAGUCUACUGACGAUAUUCCUCCAAUUCCGGAAGGAGUUCAAUUGACCAUUGACUACUACGCUGGCCGUCGUCCAAAUGAAAAUGCCAACUCCAAGAAGAUUGACGAGGAGAACAUCGAGGCUUUAGAAGACAGCAAACAAUCUGUGACCAGCUACACCCUGAACAGUGUGGUGUCUACUGAAAAACCAGAAAAGACCAGCACCUUGUGGUUCCGUCUUCUCAAGCAGGGUCCAAAGCAAUGGCCACACCUUAUGUGGUUGGUUGUCUCUCACGGAUUUACAAAGGAUGUCAUUUCUGACCAGGUUAAUCAUUCUGGUGUCUUGGGUGCUAAUGUCAAGGAUAUGCACAAGAAGUCCAAAUUCUACGACAACAGACUCGAGUACUUGUUUUCUUUGCUUCAAGUUAUCACUGCUUGUACCAUGUCUUUCUCACAUGGUGCUAAUGAUAUCUCUAAUGCUUCUGGACCUUUGUCGACUGUGUACCUUGUUUGGUCAGACAAAAGCUUGAAAGCUACACCACCAUUGUGGAUUCUCGGUUUUACUGGUGGUGCUUUGGUUAUCGGUGUCUGGACAUUUGGUUACAAGAUCAUGUCUGUUCUUGGUAACAAGAUGAUUUUGCAAUCGCCAUCUAGAGGUUUUGCCAUUGAGUUUGGUGCUGCUAUCACUGUGGUCAUGGCUACUCAGUUGGCUAUUCCAGUCUCGACCACUCAGUGUGCUGUUGGUGCCACUGUUUUCGUCGGUUUGUGUAACCAAGACCUUAGGUCCGUUAACUGGAGAAUGGUUACUUGGUGCUACAUGGGCUGGAUUUUCACUUUACCCAUUGCUGGUCUUAUCUCCGGUAUCCUUACUGGUAUUAUUAUCAACGCGCCACGCUUGGGUGUUGAAUAUUUCCCAUCCAACUAA